GAAAUGCGUAAAAUUCUGGUUACUGGCGGCACCGGUUUGGUGGGCAAAGCAUUACAGGAUGUUGUUGCCCAGGAGAAAUGUGCCGAAGAAGAAUGGUAUUUUGCCGGCUCCAAGGAUUGUAACUUAACCGAUGAAAGUGCCACCAAGGCGUUAUUCGAGAGGGUAAAGCCAAAUUGUGUUAUUCAUUUGGCUGCAAUGGUUGGUGGCCUGUUCCACAACAUGAACAAUAAUUUGGAUUUUUUGCGUAUUAAUAUUCAAAUAAAUGACAACGUUUUACAAGCCGCCCACGCACAUGGAUGUGAAAAAGUUGUUUCCUGUCUCAGCACCUGUAUUUUCCCUGACAAAACAGAAUAUCCCAUUGAUGAGACUAUGGUACAUAAUGGACCACCACAUUCCUCCAACUACGGUUACUCGUAUGCCAAGCGUUUAAUUGACAUACAAAAUCAUGCCUAUUACGAUAAAUAUGGUUGUAUGUUUACUUCAGUCAUUCCGUGUAAUAUUUUUGGACCAAACGAUAAUUACAAACCGAAUGUUAGUCAUGUUAUACCCGGUAUGAUAUAUCGUAUGCACAAAUUAAUGCAAGAAAAUCCAGAAAUCGCCGAAGAAGAGAAAACAUUCAGGGUGUUUGGUUCCGGUAAACCAUUAAGACAAUUUAUUUACAGUAUUGAUUUGGCUAAGUUAAUGAUAUGGGUGUUGAGAAAUUAUGAAAGUGUUGAACCCAUUAUUUUAAGUGUAGACGAGGAGCAGGAAGUUACUAUUUACGAUGUUGCUAAGGCCAUAGCAAAGGCAUUUAACUUUAAGGGAAAACUUGAAUGUGAUACAACGAAAGCCGAUGGACAAUACAAGAAGACAGCUUCCAAUAAAAAAUUGCGCUCAUUUUUACCAGACUUUAAAUUUACCGAUUUUGAAGAGGCCAUAAAAACGUCUGUCGAUUGGUAUAUUCAACAUUAUGAAGAAGCAAGAAAAUAA